CUUUAAAUAAAUGUAAAUUCACUGAAUAUCUUUGAGCAGCAAGCAUGUUGGAAAGUUGUCAGAAAGCUUGCUGCCUCUUUCAAUCAUAUCAAUUAAUCAAUCUACAAAUCAAAACAAAACAUUCCUCGUGUGCUGGUGCUGUAGAAAAUUUGUCUAAGGAUGACAGAAAUGGACGUUGAUGACCGUUUCAUUUUGGUUCAGUUUAAAAAUGAAGCCGGUGAAAUUACUGGUACACCACUUGAUCUUCCACUUAGUACCGAUGUCAAGAAACUCUCUUUAAUUUGUAAUUCUCUCCUUCAGAAGGAAGAGUCUUCUCCAUUUUUGUUUUUUAUAAAUGAUGUCCAAAUUAAAGAUUCCCUGCAAAGUUGUCAUGAUAACAAAGUAUUUGAAACUGAGAAGACUUUAGAAAUUACUUAUGCUGAACAGUCUGUGUUUAAAGUUCGUCCAGUGACACGCUGUACUAGUUCAAUACCAGGGCAUGCUGAAGCUGUUAUCUCUGCAUCAUUUAGUCCUGAUGGCAGAUAUUUAGCUAGUGGAUCGGGAGAUACAACAGUUAGACUAUGGGAUGUGAAUACAGAAACUCCACAAUACACUUGUAAAGCUCACAAGCAUUGGGUUUUGUGUAUAGCUUGGUCACCCGAUGGCAUGAAAUUGGCUUCUGGAUGUAAAAAUUGCCAGGUCUGUAUUUGGGAUCCUAAAACUGGUAAACAAAUGGGCAGAACAUUAAUGGGACAUAAAGGCUGGAUAUCUCAUAUUUCUUGGGAACCUCUUCAUAGAAAUGCAGCAUGUCGACGUCUAGCAAGUGCUUCUAAGGAUUGUACUGUAAGAAUAUGGGACAUAAUCACGGGUCAAACGUUACACACACUGUGCUCACAUACAGCUCAAGUAACAUGUGUGAGAUGGGGAGGAUCUGGAUUAAUUUAUACUUCUUCUCAAGAUCGUUCUAUAAAAGUUUUUAGGGCUGAUGAUGGUGUUUUGUGCCGUACCCUUGAAGGCCAUGGCCAUUGGGUUAACAUAAUAGCUUUAAACACUGACUAUGUUAUGAGAACUGGACCUUAUGAUCCAAGUAAAGCAGAUAUUGUUUAUAGAGAAAUUACUGAAACAUCAGAAACUUUAUCAAAGCUUGCUAAUGAGAGGUACAAGAAUGUUACUAAAGACCAACCAGAACUUUUAGUUUCUGGUUCAGAUGACUUUACAUUAUAUUUAUGGAAGCCUGAAACAGACAAGAAACCUCUUGCGAGAAUGACAGGGCAUAAAAACUUAAUAAAUGAUGUCAAAUUUUCUCCAGAUAUGAGGUUGAUAGCAAGUGCCUCAUUUGACAAAUCUAUCAAAAUAUGGAAUAAAACAGGAAAGUUCCUUGCUACUCUGCAUGGUCAUGUUCAAUAUGUAUAUCAAAUUGCUUGGUCUGCAGACAGUAGACUGCUUGUAAGUUCUAGUGCUGAUUCUACUUUGAAAUUGUGGGAUAUGAAGACGUACAAAAUUAUGAUUGAUUUACCUGGGCAUGCUGAUGAGAUCUAUGCAGUUGAUUGGAGCCCUGAUGGUCAGAGGGUUGUUAGUGGAGGAAAAGACAAAGUAAUAAAAAUAUGGAGAAAAUGAUAGGUGUCACAGAAAUGUAGCAAGCAAUGUAUUGUUUUGUAAAUAAAUUAUUUUUUGCAUUUUAAA